AUGGAUGGGAACAGGCCUGCCAUAUGUGAGCCGAUUUGUGUCGCAUCUACCCUGCCGGAAGACAGUCUGUCGUCUAAAAACGAAAUCUCUCCGGAGAAUGAUUCCGGAUCUCAGGUCCCCGAUAACCACAAGCCGAACUACUAUAAAGGAGCAGAGUGGACUCCCGAUGGAACGACACUCGUAACUGAUGCUUCAGAUCAUCAUAUCAGAACUUAUGUCUUACCUCCGGACCUUUUGGAAGAGAGAUCAUCUCCACUUCAGUUGUCACCUUACUCUGUUCUGCCUUCGGGGGAACCAACCUAUGCAACGGCUAUCUAUCCGUUUUACUCCCUCCAGGACCCGUCAACCACUCUCUUUCUUAGCUCAGUUCGAGAUCACCCGAUCCGUCUGGCCUCAGCCCUCGCGCCUGUCACACUUGCGAGUUAUUCUCUCGUGAACCCUAUGACAGAAGCUUACAUCACCCCUCACUCAAUCGUGUAUCCUUCGACUCUGGGCGGCACUCACUUCCUUACCGGGUCGGAUAGUCUCAUCUGCCUCUUCGAUGUCUCGCGCCCAGGCGGCGAAGGCCCCGUGUCCUGGAUGCCGACUAUCCCGAGUAAACGCAAGCAAAUUGUGGGUGGAGGCGUCGGAAUGAAAGGGAUAAUCAGCGCAAUGGCUGUUAACCCAUCUGGAGACGGUGUACUGGCUGCGGGUACGUUCUCAAGGCAAAUCGGGCUGUACGGAUCCAACGGAUCUGGUGAGUCCUUGGGCACUUUCAGCAUUGUCAAAACGGAGGCAAAUCGGCACAUUGGCGGUCGGGGAGUCACUCAACUUCUCUGGAGUCCCUGUGGGCGGUAUCUCUAUAUCGCGGAGCGACAAAGCGACGGGGUAUUGAUAUAUGAUAUUCGUGUGACGGGUCAGCUUCUCGGGUGGCUGAAGGGUCGGAAAGCUCUCACGAACCAACGCAUGAAGAUCGACGUAGUCCCCGCUGGCGAAUCGCACGAGAUCUGGGCUGGAGGGACUGAUGGGGUCAUGAGAAUGUGGCAAGAUCCAACGCGUACUGUUGGCGAGCAGAUGCCCACAGGGGAAUGGAAGGUACAUGAUGAUGCUGUGAGCAGCACAGUCCUCCAUCCCUCUGGAACUGUCGCAGCUACCACCUCGGGCCAGCGUCACUACCAAGAUGAUGAUACUCCCACUAUGGAGAAGGCACUUACGGGGUUUGAUAAUACCUUGAAAGUAUGGUCGAUGCCCUUUCUGAACGCCACCCCAGAGGACUGA